AUGGGCCCAGAUGUGGUAGAAGAGGCGGACUAUGAGAGCGAUCCCGAGGAACUGAAGCGCUCCUUGGCUACCAGGAGGAGAGAAGCGAGCGAUGAUGAGGAUGAGAACCGGGGAGAAAUUCAGAGUGCUGACGUCGAUUCCGAUGAACAGAGUGCUGUCGUGGAGUUUGAUAACGAUGCAGAUGACAUAGAAGGUGACGAUAGCUAUGAUGAAGAUGGUGAUUAUGGAGAAGUUGAUGAAGAGAAGAUGGAAUACAAGACGACAAGUGUUGCUGGCAAGGCUGAGCCUAAGGGAACGGAGGACUGUGUUGUUGUGGAUGGAGAAGAACCAAAGCAGAAGGAACCUUUUGCAGUGCCAACUGCUGGAGCUUUUUAUAUGCAUGAUGACAGAUUUCAGGAAUUGGAUGCUGCCCCUAAUAGGCGAAUGCCUGGUGGUAGGAGGCUCUGGCCAUCCCGAGAUGAAAGAAAAUGGGGACAUGACAAAUAUGACGAGAUGAAUACACAAGAAAACCAAUAUGAUAAGAGGAGUUCCAGAGGCCGAGUCAGAGGACGUGGUCAGGAGCGUGGAUAUUCUCGAGAGAGCAAUUCUAAAGUGGUUACCAACAAUGGACACCAAGAUCAGUUUCCUAAAGCUGUCAUAAGAGGGAGAGGGCCCAGACGACAUGAAGUUGCUUUGAGAAAAGGCACUAAAGCACCUUCUCUGCAAACCAAACAGUCCCAGAAUUCUUUUGUAAAAGCGUCACACGUUGAUCCAGGACGUGUACCAACAGAAACAGACAGCAUAGACACUGAAGCCAAGAUAAAUAUAGUUGCUUCGAGCUUAAACUCAGCUUCUCCUCCAUUUUAUCCUUCAGGUUCCUCCAAUAGCUUGGCACAAAAGGAUUUACAAGCUGGCAUGGGUAGACUGCACGUUAAUGGAAGCCCUACGCCGCCUGGAAAGAAGUUUGGGAAUACAAAAUCUAGCUCUUCGUGGGUACGCACUACUAGUCAAGGUAGAGGUGCACCUCCCCCUGGGAAAGUGCUUCAUCAAGGUGACAAUGUUUUUUCGCCUAUGCAAAUCCGGGGAAUUUCAAAAGACACUGAAGGCUGUCAACCUCCUGGUGAGGCUUGUGAUCAACAACCAGCUGUUAUCAGCUUGCUGCUUUCUUUUCUACCGAAAAUUGGCUCAUCAAAAAAUCUGUAUAUUUCUGGUGAAACAGGGUCAGUCACAGAAACUGGUGCUUUGGUUGCCAAGGGAAAAGGUACACUCCAGCCUAGUGGAAGAGGGUCUUUCAUGUAUGGAGGGACACAAUUUAUGGGCCCAGGCGGGGGCAUGGCGAAUGGUCAUAGCAAUCCCAAUUUCCCUGCUUUUCUGCCUGUUAUGCAAUUCGGUGGUCAGCACGGUGGUGUACCGACUUUCGGAGUGGCUCUUCCGGGAUAUGUCCAACCAGAAAAUGGUACGGGAAAUCCUGAGAUGACAUGGCUGCCAAUUUUGACUGGCCCGGGAGCACUGGGGGCGUCAUAUCCUCCACCUUAUGCUGCAAUUGAUGGUUCUUACCAAGUACACAAAUCAGGGUUACCUUCCUCUGCGGGACUAUCCAGCCAACAGAACAGUUCGAAGAACACUACUGAUGAAGAGAAGCCUGUGGAGAGACAUGAGGCUACAGACAAUGGGACACCACAACGGUCGAACAGCAACCCAAACAAGCAGCCUCGUAGAUACUCGGAGAUGAGCUUUAGCAAAUGAGUGCGAAGUAUAAAGAAGGCAAAGAACGGUCCUCUCUUGUUAGAAUAAGUUGAAAGAGGAGUUGUCUGUGUGUGUGUAUGGGAGAGAGGAAGAGGUCCUCCUUUGCUGCAGGUUCUGUUGGCUCUCCUCUGCGGGAGCACUAUGGGCUGCUAUUGUUACAGAUUUUACUAGGAGGUUGUUGCGCCUUAAAAAGAGCUUAGUUUUGUGAGCUUUGCGCUGUCUGUAAUUUUUAUUCUUUUAGUUCAUUUUGCUUAGUUUUUCUUUAAGAUGAUUUGUAAUGUUGAGAACUUGACAUGCGUUUUGGUUUUUGUGGUCUGGUACUUGCUUAAGGUUGUGUGUACGGAAGUCCCUCUUUACAAUUUGCGCAUUUUGAGUUUCUGUUCAUUUUGGAAUCGAUCAUAUUAUUGGUUAAUCUCCUUUCAGUAAAAGAAAGAUGUAUUAUAUCGA